AUGAUAAGAAGUUCACUUCGAGUGUUUAAAAGAAGUCAGAGCUCCUCAACUUUUGGUAUAUGGUCAAACUUCACAAACAGAUCGCCCAGAUUGCAACUACAAGAUGAAUCAAUCAAAAAGGAUUUAUUUAAUGAAUUACCAAAAGAUCAAAAACCUGCAUCAAUACUAACUUAUGACGAAAAACAACAAUAUCACUCACCAAUAGAUAUAGAUGAAACUUUUUCUAUGGCUUAUAAAAUACUAGAGAAAGAAGCAGAAUCAAAAUAUAAAUAUAUAAAUCGAAUAAAGUUAGCUAUUGACUCUAAACAAGUUUCAAAUGAAGAACUAACAGAAUUAAAAGAUCAACUUGAUAAAAUUUUAAUUGAUGCAGAAAUUGAAAAUCCUGAAGUAUUAUAUAAUUUUGAAUUUUUAAAUUCCGAAGAUCUUGAUAAAUCUCAACCAGUAUAUAGAGCUUUAUUAAAACAAAAAUGGGAAAAUUAUGAUUUAUUAGUUACAAUGCAAAGAUUAGAACAACUUCAUGUUAUACCAGAUACUUUACCUACUUUAAACCCUAAAGCUGAUGUUAAAGUUAAAUUUACUCAUAAUAUUGAUACAGAAUUUCAAAAUUGGAUAACUCCAGGAACUUUAUUACCAGCUUUUGCAGUUUCAAAACCUCCAACUAUACAUAUUCAAGAAUUUGAAAGAAAAGAUGGUAAUGAAAAUUUAUAUACUGUGUUAUUAGUUAAUCCAGAUACACCAGACUUAGAAACAAAUUCUUUUAAAACAACUUUACAUUAUGGAUUAAAAAAUGUUUCAUUAACAAAUAAUGAUAAUACUAUUGAUGUUUCAAGAAUCAUGAAAAAUGGUCCAAAAAUAACUUUUCAUGAAUAUUUACCAUUAACUCCAGAAAAAAAUGCUGGGGUUCAAAGAGCUUGUUUAUGGGUUUUUAGACAAGAUUCAAAUAUUGAUAAAAUUAAUGAAAUUAAAAAUGAUGAAAAUUUUAAUAUAAGAAAAUUUGUUGAUGAAUAUAAAAUAACUCCUAUUGGUGCUCAUGUUUGGAGACAAAAAUUUGAUAGAAGUGUUCCAAAUGUAAGAAAUGAAUAUGGAUUAGGUAAAGGUAGAGUUUUUGAAAAAAUUAGAGGAACAGAACCUUUGAAUUUAUAA